AGGAGGGAGUCGGCGCGACCUGAUGACGCUCGUCUCUUGGUGGCGAACGGUGAUGAUGUCAUCGAGGGCCUGCCUUUCCACGAGUGACCCGUUUCCGACCCUCACCAGAGCCCGAGAGGGGUGUAGUCUUGGAGUCAGACGCGGAGCGACGCCGGGAAUUGGGAUGGUGACGUUGGUGAGGUGGAUCUUAUGGAGGCCAUUUGGAUUCUCAAGAACACUUUUCAAAGUGGAAAGCUGUAGAAUAUCUGAAUCAGAAUUACUGACUCCACUAUCUUCUUGGACAUCACAGAUACAGAAGCAUAGCAGAGCACCUUUCUUGUUGGAUCAAAGAAAAAAAUUCUCAACUAUGCCUGAAAUAGAAACAGACCAGAGAGACUCUGAAUUGUUUUCACCACCUUCUAAUGUUCGAGGAAUGACAAAACUUGAUAGAACAGCUUUUAAAAAGAUAGUAACCAUCCCAGUGCUUAAAGUUAGGAAAGAAAUAGUCAAUAAACUGAUGCGAUCCCUUAAAAGGGCAGCACUGCAGCGCCCAGGCAUAAAACGUGUGAUUGAAGAUCCAGAAGAUGAAGAAAGUAGACUAAUUAUGUUGGAUCCCUAUAAAAUAUUUACUGAUGAUUCCUUUGAGAGAGCAGAACUCAGUAUUUUAAAGCAGCUUAAUGUCAAUCCACAGAUAUCUAAAUACAGUUUGGAACUGACUUAUGAAAACUUUAAGUCAGAAGAAAUCUUGAAAGCUGUGCUUCCUGAAGGUCAAGAUGUGACUUCAGGUUUUAGCAGAGUUGGACAUAUUGCCCAUCUGAACCUUCGAGAUCAUCAGCUACCUUUCAAGCAUUUAAUUGGCCAAGUUAUGAUUGACAAAAAUCCAGGAAUCACCUCAGCAGUAAAUAAAAUCAAUAAUAUUGAUAAUACAUACCGAAAUUUCCAAAUGGAAGUGCUAUCUGGAGAGGAGAACAUGAUGACCAAGGUUCGAGAAAACAACUACACCUAUGAAUUUGAUUUUUCAAAAGUCUAUUGGAAUCCUCGUCUCUCUACAGAACACAGUCGUAUCACAGAACUUCUCAAACCUGGGGAUGUACUGUUUGAUGUUUUUGCUGGGGUUGGGCCUUUUGCCAUUCCAGUAGCAAAGAAAAACUGCACUGUAUUUGCUAAUGAUCUCAAUCCUGAAUCCCAUAAAUGGCUGUUGCACAAUUGUAAAUUAAAUAAAGUGGACCAAAAGGUGAAAGUCUUUAACUUGGAUGGGAAAGACUUCCUUCAAGGACCAGUGAGAGAAGAGUUAAUGCAGCAGCUGGGACCACUGUCAAAAGAAAGAAAACACUCUGUGCACAUUGUCAUGAACUUGCCAGCAAAGGCUAUCGAGUUUCUCAGUGUUUUCAAAUCACUUUUAGAUGGGCCACCAUGCAGCACUGAGCUUCUUCCCAUAGUGCACUGUUACAGCUUUUCCAAAGAUCCUAAUCCUGCUAAGGAUGUUCAGCAACAAGCUGGGGCUGUGUUGGGCAUUUCCUUGGAGGCAUGCAGUUCAAUUCACCCAGUAAGAAAUGUAGCCCCUAACAAGGAAAUGUUAUGUAUCACCUUCCGGAUUCCUGCUGCUGUACUCUACAAGAACCAGACCCUAAAUCAAGAGAAUCAUGACGAUCCACCUCUUAAACGCCAGAGGACAGAAAAUAAAGUCUUUUCAGAAGAAAAAACUCAAAUUGCCUCAGUCACUUAAUUGGAAAAAGUUUUCUCUCUCUCCCCACUAGACCCUUACGUAAUGAAAUAUAACUUGUAUGGUUUCAUAAAAUGUUUGCUAUGAACUUUAGAAUUGAACACUUCUAUUUUACCCUUGCUGUCUUAUAAGUUGAAGAUUAUCGAAUUAGAAUUUAAAUGAAAUAAAUCUACUAAGCAUAUUUUA